GCAGACCAUCUUCGAAACACGUCAUUUAACUUCUGGAAAAGAAGCAGGAAGUCACUGCUGGUGGAGAGAGAAUUCGGUCUGAUUUGUUUUUGUUGAAGAGUUUACGCCUACGGAAUGCAAUGAGCCGAAUUCUCCACAAUACGCCUUUAUUAAAUAAACCUGUGCACAAUGAAAAGAUAAGUAGUGAAUGGUCUCCUGCGAAAUAUCAACGAGGCCCUGGAGUGUUGUUGGAGGGAAAGUUGCUGGACGUGUCAAGACAUUCCAUCACUGAUGUCAACAACCUGAAGGUGCGUUUCUAUGUCGUGUACAUCAAGCCCAGUCGCAUCCAUCAAAGACGGUAUGAUGCCUGCGGGUCAGAGGUGGAGCCAAAUUUUAGCGACACGAGGAAAGUCAACACAGGCUAUCUUAUGUCCUCCUUCAAAGUGGAGGCUAAGGGGGAGACGGAUCGUUUAAGUGAGGAGCAGUUGGCAUGCCUGCUGAAGCAAGACGACCUGCUGGGGUUGACAGAGAAGCACCGUCCGUCUGGCACAUUUGCCUUCUGGUACCCCGAGGCUGAUAUGGAAAAAACAGAGCUGGAGGUGGGCCAGGAUGUCAGGCUGAAGACCAGUGGAGACGGACCAUUCAUCUACUCCCUUGCCAAAGUGGAUGGAGGCACCGUCACCAAGUGUAACUUCGCUGGAGAUGAAAAAGCGGGAGCGUCAUGGACCAACAAGAUUCUGUCCAAUCGGGCAGAAACAGGAAGUGAGCAGCAGCCAGUAGGAGGAGAAGGUGCAGGAGCCGAAGAAGAUGAAUGGGACGAUUAACGAAAGGAGGGAAAGUUAUUAUACAAGAUUAUCAUAUCUUCGGGGCCUUCUCCUGAAUAUCUCAUUAUUGUGUGUGUGUGUGUGUGUGUGUGUGUGCGUUCCUCACAGUGUAGUAUGUCUCACGUAUUGCUGAAAUCUGACAAACUCGAUCAAACAUUUGGAUCUUCUUUAUUACAAAAACAUAAACAAAAUGCAAUAUUCUGACACAAUGUACAAGUCAAGUUUGGACAUCAUACACACAGCAUGUUUAUUUUCAAUACCUAGAUAAUUCUUUUGGUCAUAUUUUGUCAAUGUAAAUCACUUUUUGUAUUAAUUGACCAUGUACAGCACCGUACAAACAAAGCCAGUAGAAUGCUUGUCGGAAGUAAAAUAAAUGAGUAUGACUUAAAUACCCUUAAA